CAAAUACCAUAUGUACAUACUAAACAAACCUCCUACAAGCUGUGCUCAUAUUUCGAAGUUCUUUGUUCACUAGGAAGCCGGUCUCUCUUUUUUUCUGAAAGUAUUUUAUUGGAAAUACAUCAUGACGGUUGCUAUUUUGCGUUUGGCUUUUCUUUUAUUGUUCAUUCAAUUGAUAAAGUCGCAUGAAAACGAUUUAUCAGGUCGACGCGAAGAAAAAUUCUCCAUCGCUGUCGAUAUAAUUGAGGAGGAAGACGAUAAAGGCCUCAGCGUUCGCAAAUCCAGCGUCAAGGUCAAUUUGAACAUCAGCAUUGAAGAAGAUGCUGUAAAAGUGAAUGGAAAGUCAACUGAAUUGGAUGUUCGCAUUGUGUAUGAACUCAAGGCUGAGAUAGAGUAUCCUGAUCGUAAUGAGAAACAUUUUGCUCCAAUUGUUGUCCAUGUUAUGGUAUCAAGAGAGAAAUUUGGAAAAGGUCAUCGAUACUUGAUUGAAGAAAAAGUCACAAAAAUUGAUGGCAAGAAAGUUGAACAGCUGGAAUUGAAGGUAUUAAAAGUUCAUAUGGAUGUUAAUGGAAAAGAAUAUGAACGCACUGUAGAGACUGUGGCAUUCAAAGAAUCUCGUUUGGCAAGGACACGUAUCACAAGAUAUUGCGGCCAUGGGGAUGAAAAACCAAGAAGAUGGCUCGGACCAGAAUUACCUGACGAACAUUUUUAUGGCCACAAGCAUAAACACCAAAGUUUGUGUUCACGAUUCCACAAGUUACCACUUGGUGCAAGAAUUGCUAUUUUCGUUGCUUUCAUCGUCGCCAUUUUAAUAUUUGUGGUGAGUUUCACAAAGUUCUGUUGUCGCAAGAAAUCUACAACCUGUGAUGUUGGUAAAGAUGAUUUCAAACCUGAUUUGAAUGCAGAGGAUGAAGCUUUACCUGAAAAAUUGUCAUUUGAUGACAAGGAAAUACUUAUUGCUUAAUUUCAACCAAUGUAAAUGCAUCAAGAAAAAUUUUAAUCUCAUUCAUGUAACAUUACUUAAGCUACAUAGUCCCAUUCAUGGAACAUUACGCAUGUAUGUAAUAUUUAGGCUGUAUUUCGUUGCAUUUACCUAAUUAUUAUUCUCUUAACUUGAAACAUUAUAAUUUAAGUGUAAUAUCGCAGUUUUCUCAUUAAAAUCAAUAUGUCUCAAAAA